AUGGGAGCCCACCACACUCUGGAGAUUGAACUCAACAACAAGCUCACCCUUGGAAAGGACAGGUGGGAUGCCAUGCACUUGCAGCAGCUAGAUGAUGCCACCGAUGUACAUAAGACUUCUGAGGUGGCGGUUCUGCUCAUGGAGGCUGGCACCGCCAACUUCCACCUGCUCACAGCGGUCUUAGCAAAGGACGUUCAUCGAGUUUCAGUCUCAUUGCCCAAGAAAAGGGCAACAACGACAAACUACGACAAGGCCUUGGUCCGUUUUUUUGAGCAGGUGUAUCAAGGCAUCAAAGACCACAUCAACCUGGAUUUGGUGAAGUGCGUUCUCAUGGCCGGUCCAGGGUUUGUAAAGGACGACUUUCUGGCGUGGAUGCUGCAAAAAGCAACCCAAUCGGGGCACGGAACUGAGAACACCUCUACAACCCCUAGAACUGGAAGUCACAAUGGUGAUUUUGCAGCGCCAUGCAGUGAUAUGCAGUGCAGCUCUCUAACAUUUGCAGAAUUUUGCAGACUGCAGAGUUGCUGGGAUGUUGCUGAGCUGUCUCGACACAGCUGA